AGCUGUGCAGCCAGUGCUGGUGUCCCGUGUAGAUCCGGAUUCUCGAAAAAACACAAUAAAUGAAAUAAUAAGGCGAGCAACAUCAGGAGGACAGUGGCCGCAGGAUACCGUGACGUGGACAUGGCAAGGAUAUACAUUCAUUCAGCUCUGUAUGCUCACUUUCUGCCAGCUCUUCACAAAGGUGGAAGUUGAGUUUAUGCCUGUUCAAGUACCAAAUGAUGAAGAAAAAAGCGAUCCCAUCCUUUUUGCCUGUAGAGUCCGGAGUCUAAUGGCAGAAGCUUUGGGAAUUCCAGUAACAGACCACACCUAUGAAGACUGCAGAUUAAUGAUCUCAGCAGGACAGCUAACAUUGCCCAUGGAAGCUGGGCUGGUGGAAUUUACCAAAAUUAGCCGGAAAUUAAAGUUAGAUUGGGAUAGCAUUCGUAAGCAGUUGGACGAGUACGCAACCAUUGCCUGUUGUUCCAAAGGAGGAAGAAUCGGAAUUGACGAAUUUGCAGAGUAUUUAAAGUUGCCUGUUUCAGAUGUCUUGAGACAACUCUUCGCACUCUUUGACAGGAACCAUGAUGGCAGCAUUGACUUCCGAGAGUAUGUGAUUGGCCUGGCUGUCCUGUGUAACCCUGCCAACACGGAGGACAUCAUCCAAAUGGCAUUUAAGCUCUUUGAUGUUGAUGAGGACGGCUUCAUCACAGAGGAAGAGUUUUCCACCAUUUUGCAGGCCUCCCUUGGGGUGCCCGACCUGGAUGUUUCCGGUCUCUUCAAGGAAAUAGCCCAGGGGGAUUCUGUUUCGUAUGAGGAAUUUAAAAGUUUUGCCCUAAAGCAUCCACAAUACGCGAAGAUAUUUACAACCUACUUAGACCUCCAGACGUGCCAUGUGUUUUCAUUACCAAAAGAAGCCCAGGCAGCUCCCUUGAUCGCCAGCAAUAAAGUCAGUCCCGAAAAUCACGACGAGAGCACCUCAGACAAAAAGGAUGAUUAAAAGCAAGUAUUCACAAGGAAAGUCAUUUACUUGAAGUUGUAAAGGCAUUUAUUGAUAGCAUUUUCAGUGUGACUUUUGAGUAAUGAUGAUGUUUAAAAUGGAAAGCUUUUUUGAAAUAAAAAUGAUAGAUUUUUUUAUUAAAAGGCUUUUAUUCUUAUACGUAUAUGAAGUAAUAUACGUAUGAAGGGAAUACGUAUAUUCCCUUUCUUUUAUGUUGUGCUGUGCUGGUUGGUUUACUGGUGAUAAAUACGUUUUUAUGGAUUUCCCAGCUUAAUUUGCAUAUGCAAAUGAAUGCAACGGUCUCACUUAUUUACUGAUGAGUGCUAAUCAACACUGUAAAAAGUCUUAAAGAGGGUAAACACUUUUUAAACCUACUUCACUCUAAAGAAAUGAAGUAAUAUUGUUAUCUCGAAUCCUUUCCCGUUCUGGAAAUGAGUGACAAGUCUAAGGAACAUUGUGGAAUUUCAUGCCGUUAACUUCACAGAUGCAUUAUUUCUAUUUCCAAUUCAGUUUCUUGGAUCACUGAAUUUGCUGGAUUGGAAGGGAGGGAGAGCUUCGUUAAUUCAGUGAGCCUUCUUAAAACUCAUAUUCUCUCUCUUGCACCUUUAUGGAAGAUUUCCUUAAUCGCCUGCUAAGGAAAUUAUACCAUUUUGCAUGACCUACAGUUUAGAACCUUGUUUUAAAGACCCAGGCUACGGCCAAAGGCCAAGAGGGAAUUGCCUUAUUGCAGGUAACCUUAAUUACCUGCUGAGAAAAUGAAUCAUUUGCCACAGGGUCUAGUUUGAGUUGCAUAGUUCAGAAUGUAGGGCUUGCCCACUAAAUGAGUCAGAUCUGCCUUCCUUAUAUAGUAUUAGAGUUGACAUAUUUUACAAUCCAAGUGGGAUGGUAAGCGUCCUCACAAAUUUUACAGCUUGUCUGAGAUGUCUACAGGGAAAACACAAAGGGUUCCAAAAUAUCGAAAGUUAGGGAAUCUGAAAACCUACUUUAUUAGUGUAAAGAAUUUAACCCCCAUGCGGGAAUCUGGCCGUGACAUCUUUCCUUUAGGUUAGGCAGCAACUUCCUUCAAGUGCCAUUUUGAUUGGAUGUCAUGCAUCGUACAUAUGGUUAAUAUCACCUGUGUUUGAAAUUUCGAACGAAGACCCAGUUACUAUAAUGUACAAAAAUAGUUGGCUCACUUCUGAAUUGUGUCUUUGAAUCCAGUCUCUUUGUUUGGGCUGUGUUUCCAAAUAUAUUGGCGAUUUACCCCCGAACUCAUUUUUUAAUGCCAUUAUUGAAGUUGGAAAGCCUCACGAGAGGUGGGUGAUCAUUUCAAGCCGGUUUUACACAUGAAGCAGUUGGUGCUCUAAGUGAAUGAGUACAUUCGGAGCAUCGCUUCCCGAAAUGUUUUAUACUUAAGCACGUACGAUCGUUUGCUUUUUCAUAUGCUUUAAAGCUGUUUAGACAAAGUAUUGAAUGAGCUGGAAAGCAUUGCUUAAGUAAUUAGAAAAGCAUCUGUCCCGAAUAGUGUCUGAGUGUGCGAUAGAAUGCACGUACUACUCAGGUACCACGAUCGCUGUUUAUCAUAGAAAGGCUGCAUAUUACUCCUGUUAGUUACGAAAAAGUAGCAUUAUAAAUGGAAAGUUUCCUAUGAGCCUCCUGAAAACGAUCCCACUGUUUUCCCAUUUUAAGCUAAUAUUUUGUGCUCCUUAAGUCCACUUCUGCCAAUGUAAUAUCCCUAUUUUAUUAUGUUACUGAAUAAAUAAACUUGCUACGUAAAAUUCUUGACAAU